CUCACGCCACUCCUCCCUCAGCCAUUUAUAGCGGUUUGCACCACAACUAAUCGCCAACCGUCCAACUACAACUCUCGCAUUACACCCCUUACCUUCAGACCUUCGUCUCUUCCCUCCGUCGUCGACCUUGCAACACGGUACUAGCUCUUUAGGCUUUUGCCUUGCGACAAUCAUGCCUGGCAGAACCCUUCCAACUUUUACCCCGGCUGAGGUCGAGUCUCACAACGAUGCCAACUCGUGCUAUGUGACCCUGGGAUCAAAGGUCUAUGACGUUACGGACUUCGUCGCCGGUCAUCCCGGUGGUGAAGAGCUGGUACUCGAAUAUGCUGGUAAAGACGUGACGGAGAUACUGCGCGAUCCGGCAUCCCACGCCCAUUCAGAUUCGGCAUACGAAAUUCUGGAUGAGUGUCUUGUCGGUUUUAUCUCUUCGGAACCCAACGGGAAGGCAGCAAAUGGGGGCAUCACUCAACCAAAAGAACAGGCGGUGUUUGCAACUACUGGCUUGUCUUGCGAAGAGGACCUGUCGGUAGAGACCGACUAUACCAAGGAUUAUCAGACACACAAGUUUUUGGAUCUCAACAAGCCCCUCCUCGUCCAGCUUUGGAACAGCGGCUUCACCAAGGAGUUCUAUCUGGAUCAGAUCCACCGCCCGCGUCAUUACAGAGGUGGAGAGUCCGCGCCGCUCUUUGGAAACUUCCUUGAACCUUUUAGCAAGACAGCUUGGUAUGUGGUUCCUAUCAUGUGGCUUCCUCCGAUCACAUAUGGGACUAUCGUUGGUUUCUCUGGACUGGCGAAUGUGCCGGCUGCCGCUGCUUAUUGGGUCGGUGGUCUCUUCCUGUGGACCUUGAUAGAGUAUAUCAUGCAUAGGUUCUUGUUCCACAUUGAUAAGUGGCUUCCUGAUAACCGCGUCGGCCUUACCCUUCACUUCCUGCUACAUGGAAUCCAUCAUUACCUACCUAUGGACAAGUAUCGGUUGGUCAUGCCACCGGCUCUAUUUAUCGUCUUGGCCACCCCAUUCUAUAAACUAGCGCACACGGUGUUCUUCUACAACUGGUAUGCCGCUGUGACAGUCUUCUGUGGAGGUGUUUUCGGCUAUGUCUGUUAUGACAUGACCCACUACUUCCUCCACCACCGCAACCUCCCUUCCUAUUACAAGGCGCUCAAGAAGUACCACCUUCAGCAUCAUUUCGCAGAUUUCGACAAUGGCUUCGGCGUCACUAGUCGCUUUUGGGACCGCGUCUUCGGCACUGAGCUCGAGAUGCCGUCUCCCAAGAACGUGAAGACCCAGUGAACAUACGUGACAUCCUGAUGCUUUAUACUCUGGUUUCUCAGUGUCUCCCAUUAAUCGCUCUCUAUCCAUACCUUUAAUGUACGAAGUAAUGUCGUCGCCGACGCGUGUCUAUUCUUACUCACGCUGACAUUCCGGAGUUGGGCUUGUGAGUUUUUUCAUGUACAUUGAUUGUCAUGGCCGGUGGAAGAAAGACAUGUUUUAUUCUUCCGUGAUAUGUGACCAUGACUCUCGUUGCUUUUGUGAAAACUUUUUCUACCAUUGUACAAACUAUAUAGCCGCUUAUAAUAUAAUAUUCCUCCCACCUACACUAUAUCAAGCCGGGGUACGGUUGAAGUUUAGAUGAGCCGUGGUUCAU